AUGGUUUACCCAGGCAUGCCCAUCGUUCCCCAAGCGGGGCCUGGAACAGCCGAGCAGAGGAUCCGCCUGCAGCGCUUUUCCUCGCGCAUCUCCGACCCAGACGAGGACUGGUCUGGCAUCGCCGACCGCAAGGUGCGCAGGAGGCUGCAAAACCGCUGCAACCAGCGGGCGUUACGCCUGCGCAAGAAGCUGGAGUCCAAGACCUCGCCAGACGCCACAGUCCCAAACCGCCGCGAUGCACAGGCGCAAGGCGCUCAAGCCAUGGCUACAGCAGCACCGCUGGAUCUGGACCUAGACCUCAACCUCGACCAAGUGCGCAUCCUCGCCGCCAACACCCCCCAAGCAAAAGCCAUCCUGGCGCACUUUGAAGCCCUCGCCCGCGCCCAAUACACACAGAGCUCCCCGCGCGCCGACAUGCUCCUGCACCUGAUCAAGUUCAACUUCAUCAAGGCGCUGCUAGCAAACAUGGCCGUGCUGGGCCUGAGCGACGAGCAUCUGCACGACGAGGCCAUCUCGCCAUUCAACACACUUGGCCCCUGGCACGCCGCCAGCAACAUGGCCGGGGACAGCUGGAGCAACCUCCCGCCCAGUCUCCGCGCGACGCCCAUCCAGCGCGCGGUCCCGCACCACCCCUGGCUCGACCUCCUGCCGAUCCCGCAGAUGCGCGAUAACCUGAUCCUGGCCGGGGAGUCGUAUGACGAGGAGACGCUGUGCCGUGAUAUGAAGGGGCAUGGGUGUGCUGGUGCUAGUGCAGGUGGGCGCAGGGGUGGCGCGUAUGCGGGGCACUCGGGGAUCAUCGUGUGGAAGGAUCCGUGGGAUGCGUCCGGGUGGGAGGUCACCGAGGGGUUUGCGCGGUCGUGGGGGUGGGUGGUCCGUGGGUGUUGGGACUUGAUGGCGUCGACGAAUGCUUGGAGGGCGAGGCGGUGCGAGAGGGCGUUGUUUUAG